AUGUUUUAUAUGGAACCACUCAACUUUAUAUCCAACUCAACCGAUCAAAAUGUAUCGUGUAGGGUUACCUUAAUAAUGUUAAUAAACGUAUAAAUAAUUAUAAAAUUGUUGCAAAAUAUUUCUUAUUUUUAUAUGUAAACAAAAUAUUGUAAUUUUAAGUUGCUGUAUUAAUUUGAAAAGAAAAAGUUAACAUAAUGGGAGUAAUGUUAGGAAGAAAAAAUCGGACUAUUGAGUUGUCAAUUGCGCAAUAAUAAUAAAUUCACGAUACAUAAUUUUAAGUCACGCGCACUGUUAGAAUCAUCAUUGAAUUAAACAAUUUCUAGGACAAAUCUUUAAACUGUUUAAAAGUAUAGUUCUAUGAAAUGGAUUCAGAUCAUUUUGAUGAAUCAAAGCCUAGCUUUGCAGAUUUACCUACAGAAGUAGAUAAUACUUAAAAUUUUAAGCCACCUGUGCUACACAGAUCAAUGUGUUGCAUCUAUGGUGUGUUACCGUUGGUUUGAAGCUUCGGCCGAAUAUUUUUCAAAGGCAAAAAUAGUUUUUGCUAAAAUUUGUCUAUCAGAUGAAUUACAUCCCGGUGAACUUUUUGUAAAUACUAUGAUACCAUAUGAAAAUUUAGAACUAAAAGAUAUAGUUUUGUGCCAAGCAGAAAAAUUUUUUGAGAUAAUUGGAAAACAUAUUAAGAAAGUAGCAUUAAUAGCGUUAGAUAUCACUGAAAAUCAAUUUUGUUCAAUCUUAAGUAAAUUUAACUACUUAACAGAACUAGUAGUUGAAAAAAAUUCACCAUUAUUUAUGGCGGGAAGGUUUCUAGAAUCUGAGGAAAAUCGAGUACUGAUAAAAAAAAAUAUGUUAAAUUUAAAAGUGCUGUCUUUACAGAGUAACCCUUAUUUAUCAGAUGCAAUAUUAAUGAGAAUAAUAAAAAUGACGUCCGAACUUGAAAGCCUAAACUUAUCCGAUUGUAAUAUAGCCUUUCAUCAUGCAAUACAAAAACGAUUUUAUCCUCAAAAUUUAGAAAAUACUCCAUCUGAAAAUUUGUUAACCUUGAAGUAUAUCGUAAAGGCUAUUGAAUCACAGGCUUAUUCUAUAUCUUAUUUAAAUUUAAGUGAUACAUUAGUUGACGGUGCAGCAUUAUCAACAAUAGCUAUGGUAAAAGGUUUACAAUUAAAGCGACUAAUACUUAAAUCUUGUAGACAAUUAAAUUUGAAUGGUUUUCAAAGUUUUAUUUGCAAUCAAAUAUAUAUUGUGGAGUUGGAUUUAUCGAACUGUGAAGGUAUUAAUGACUCUUGUGUAAGAUUACUUCAGGAUUUAUCUCAAUUACAAAUAUUAAAACUUCGGCAUUGCUGGAAACUAACCGAUGAAACCUCUAAAAUAUUAGCUGGUAUUAAAAGCAUAAAAGUUUUAGAUUUAUCGAACUGUGUUGGUAUUUCUAGUAAUGGUAUUAAAGAUAACUUAGUAAAUUUAAAAAACGAAAGUUUACAUGAAUUGUAUUUGUCUUCAAUUGAUUUAUACGAAAAUUGUGUCAUUCAAUGCUCGGAAAAUUUACCUAAUUUAAGAGUUUUUGAUGUUGGAAACUGUUGUAACGGAGUUACUGAUAAAUCACUUGCUGCAAUUAUAAAAAAUCAAGUAUUGUUAAGAAAAUUGAAUUUGCAAUCAUGCCAUUUAAUUACGGAUGGAGCAAUAACAGGAUGCGAUUUAAAUUAUAUCGAUGAUAACUUGAUAAUUCACAAUGAUGGCGAACCGCUGAAUCAAGAAUUCAUUGAUAAAUCCAUUCCUUCGACAUCGCAUAAAUUAACAAAAAUUUCUUUAAGAUCUAAAGCCGAGCAACAGAUAGUUUUGGAAGCUGAAAGGGCUAAAGCUAUGGUUUCAUUAUUAAAUAAAAAUAUAAAUAUCGAUAUUUCUGCAGACUGCAAACCGAUAGGUAACUUGAAAGGGCUAGAGUUGCUGAAUUUAAGCGGAUGUACUAAAAUAUCGGAUAUUUCACUUAAAUAUGGCAUUAAAUUUCAUGAAUUAAAAGAAUUAUAUAUAUCUAAUUGUCAGCAAAUAUCAAUUAAAGGAAUAGAGUGUUUAACUACGAAUUGUAAAUCUGUUGAAAUUUUAGACUUAUCAUAUUGUCGAAAUUUGAAUCAAGAAUCAAUUGACAUUAUACAACAAAAGCUAAAGAGACUAAGGAUACUAAAAUAUGCCGGUUGCACAUUAGAUUAACAUGUACGAAGGUACAUUGUAUAUUUGUUACAUAUUUGUUUUUGAAUAUCAUAAAAGUAAGGAAAUCUUUAGAAAUUUUCUUGAGUUUUCAGAUUAUUUAAAGUUUCUUGCAUAUAUAUGUAUGUAUGCAUAUAUGUACAUAUUUACUUUUUUUUGCAGUUCUUACGGGGUGUUGUGAUAUUUUGAUAUUUUAAUAUAACGAAUAUUUUAAAUGUUGAU